AUGAAACUUGUUAGAUUUCUUAUGAAACUCAGCCAUGAGACUGUGACAGUUGAACUGAAGAAUGGAACACAGGUUCAUGGAACCGUAACAGGUGUAGAUGUCAGCAUGAACACACACCUGAAAGCAGUGAAGAUGACUGUCAAGAACAGGGAUCCACAACAGCUGGAUGCUCUGAGCAUCAGAGGCAACAACAUCCGUUAUUACAUUCUUCCAGACAGCUUGCCUCUUGAUACUUUACUCAUAGACGAUGCACCUCGGUCGAAGGCCAGAGGCAGGAGAGAGGGGGGAAAAGCCCCAAUGGCUGGAGGAGCUCGUGGACGUGGUCGUGGUGGACCAAGAGGGCGUGGUAGAGGAGGCCCACGAGGAGGCGGUGGUAGCCGUGGAGGACCAAGGGGCAGACGAUAA